UCUCUCAACUAACCGAACAGGUAGAAAAAGUUCUCUUUCCAUUUUCUCUUUCACCGUGAUCCAUGCACUCCCAAAGCCUUGGCUAUCAUGUUUCUUCUCAUGGCUCUUCUGGGUUGAAAUUCUUCAGGAAAUUUUCAGCUGAGGGCAGUCAGCAGGUGAAUUAAUUUAAGGUGAAAAUUUCAUUGGGAUACCUGCACUACCAACUCUGCUGAGCUAGGAGGAAAGAGAUCUAGGGGCCUGCUCUUGGAGGGAAGAAGGUCUGGUUUUGCCAGGGAGCGGAUCAGGAACCAAGCUUUCUCUGCUCAUGGCUUCCAGGAUAAACUCAGCCGCUGACUGCUCCCACGUGAUUGACCACAGCCAUGUCCGAGAAUUUGAAGUAGCCAUCUGGAUCAAGAUCACUCUCAUCCUCGUCUUCUCGAUCAUCUUUGUGAUGGGUAUCCUCGGGAACAGCGUCACCAUUCGUGUCACUCAGGUGCUUCAGAAGAAAGGCUACCUGCAGAAGGCUGUCGCAGACCAUAUGAUAAGCUUGGCCUGCUCUGACAUCUUGGUCUUCCUCUUAGGCAUGCCAAUGGAGUUCUACAUUGUGAUCUGGAACCCUCUGACUACAAGUAACAAUAACUGGUCCUGUAAGCUGCACACUUUUCUCUUUGAAGCCUGCAGCUAUGCCACACUCCUCCACAUACUGACUCUCAGUUUUGAGCGCUAUCUGGCUAUCUGCCACCCCUUCAAGUACAAGGCAGUCUCAGGGCCCCUUCAGGUAAGGCUUCUGAUCUGCUUUGUCUGGGUUACCUCCGCUCUGGUGGCACUACCCCUCCUUUUUGCCAUGGGCCUUGAGUACCCUCUGGUCCAGGUGCCCAACCACCGUGGCCUCCUUUGCAAUCAUUCUUGGACACGAGCCCUUGAACACCCUGAGGCCUCCAACAUGUCCAUUUGUACCAGUCUCUCCAGCCAGUGGACAGUUUUCCAGUCCAGCAUCUUCAGUGCCUUCAUCAUCUACUUUGUGGUCUUGCUCUUGGUGGCCUUCAUGUGCCGAAACAUGAUGCGAGCGCUAAUGAAAGGGAAGAAGGGCACACUGGCAGUGGAAGGGCAGUCUCAGAUGAGGAAGACAGAGAGUGAGGAGAGCAAAGUAGCCAGGAAGCAGACCAUCAUCUUCCUAGGACUGAUCGUCGUGACUCUAGCAGUAUGCUGGAUGCCAAACCAGAUUCGAAGGAUCAUGGCUGCGGCAAAACCAAAGCAGGACUGGACUCGCUCCUAUUUCAAGGCAUACAUGACUCUCCUUCCCUUUGCUGAUACCUUCUUUUACCUCAGUUCCGUCAUCAACCCGCUCCUAUACAACAUCUCAUCUCGGCAGUUCCGAAAGGUGUUCAGCCAAGUUCUCUGCUGUCGCUUGACUCUUGAGCAUGCCAAUAAAGAGAAACUGCUCCGGGCCCAUUUUAAUUCUACAACCAGCAGUGGCCGCUCUUCCCGCCCAUUGAUCUUCAUUUCAUCUUGGCGCAAUUCCUCUGCAAGGAGAACUAACAAGGUUUUCUUAAAAACUUUUCAGAGUGAGGCCAAGCCUGAUUCUGGGCCUCAGCAAUUGAGUCUUGAAUCACUAGAGCCCAACUCAGAAAGUAAAGCACUGGAGGUUGCUCCAGAGCCCCAUCUAGGUGCAGAGAACAACUUGGGGGAAAAUGAAGUAUGAAUUCCAAAUAAGGCAGUCAUUUUUGAGUGACCCUCUCCCAUCCCCACAAUCCCUCAAAAACAAAAACAAUAUUGAAAAAAAGUUGGGAGACUUAAAAUAAAGUUAUUCACCUUAAUGCCAUUAAGUGCCGAUUUUGAAAAAAGUAGACCUGGUUUCUUGUAACACGAAGGGAACAUAUGAUUUCCAAUUCCUCAUCCCUUACCCCACCACCCACUUUUAAGUGCACAUUGAAAAUUCAGUAAUAGGUUACAAAAAUGUUUCUUUCUGGGAUUUUUUUUCUUUUUUACACUGUUCUUUCAUUAAGGACGCAAAGAGAAAAAAAGAACAGCGAGGUCCUGCUAUAUAAAUGUUGCUUCAGAAGAUAAUCAAGGGGGUUGCGGGAGGACAGAGAGCCAAACAAACAAAGGUGGGGGUGAGGGGAGCAUCCUUCUAUUUCAGCAGUGCGCUGAGAAGAAGGCCAGUUUCAAGAGAAGAAUGGUGGUGGGGAGCCCUGCCCUUGGCAUUGCAGCUGAGCUGCCCCUUUUCUUGGGCCGGGGCCCGUUGCAGAGUGAGGAUUUACAGCAGCUGAUACAGACUGAGUUCAAUUUCCCUGGGGAGCAGAAGGAUUGGUAUCCAGCUGAGGCGAUGAGACAGGCAGCAGACGAUGCACAGGACUUGCGAUACAGAAUUCCUGGAACACAAAACCAAAAGGCACUUCCAUGACCAUGUAUUGGCUAAUAACAAAUCUGAAGCUUCCAAGGCUUUCCACACUGUGCUGCCCCGCCCCACUCCCCACCACCAACCCCUACAGACCUACUGGACAACCUGCACUUGUCAUUUAGAGUUUUUGGUCCAAUGUGAUUUCCUGAAAAAUGUAGAUUUGCUAAAAGAUGUCACCUCAAUUCUUCUCAAUGAAAUCUUGAAAUUUUAUUUAUCUCAAAACAGAUAAUGUAUCCAACUGAAUAAAAGGUUAUGGAGACCAUGAUGUAA